AGUGUGUGUUUAUUAAAAUGUAUUUGUUAUGUAGUGACAUUCUUUACGUUACAUCUAUGUUUAGUACAACUUGUUUUCCACGAUGGCUUUACUUUUAGGUGCUUUGUGGAAAGAGUUAACCUGACCAUGGACUUCAAAGAAGUUGAGAACCACAUUUGUGUAAGACGUAUUAUUCAAAGAGAAUUCACCCAUCAUCUCAAAAAGGGUGAUUUCACUUGGAACAGCAUGUCAGGGCGCAGCGUUCGGCUGAAGUCAGUUCCCGUUCAAAGCCUCUCGGAGCUGGAGCGUGCUCGGCUGCAGGAAGUGGCUUUUUAUCAGCUGCAGCAGGACUGUGACCUGGGCUGUCAGAUUACUAUCCCCAAAGAUGGACAAAAGAGGAAGAAAUCAUUAAGAAAGAAACUGGACUCAUUAGGAAAGGAGAAGAACAGAGACAAAGAAUUUAUUCCCCAGGCUUUUGGAAUGCCCUUGUCCCAAGUGAUUGCUAAUGACCGGGCCUACAAGCUCAAGCAAGACUCUCAGAGAGAAGAGCAAAAAGAUGUUUCAGAUUUUGUGGCCUUUCUCUUGCCGUUCGGAGCUAAAAGGCAGAACAAAGAACUUUCAAGCAGUAACUCAUCUCUUAGCUCAACCUCAGAAACACCGAACGAAUCCACUUCUCCUAACACACCCGAGCCAGCACCACGAGCAAGGAGGCGUGGCGCGAUGUCUGUGGACUCUAUUACAGAUCUUGAUGACAAUCAGUCACGACUGUUAGAGGCUCUCCAGCUCUCUUUGCCAGCAGAAGCCCAGAGCAAGAAAGAAAAAGCAAGAGAUAAGAAGCUAAGCCUGAACCCUAUUUACAGGCAGGUUCCCCGGCUUGUAGAUAGUUGCUGCCAGCACUUGGAAAAGCAUGGUCUCCAGACAGUAGGAAUAUUCAGAGUUGGAAGCUCAAAAAAGAGAGUAAGACAGUUACGUGAAGAGUUUGACCGGGGCAUAGAUGUUGUAUUAGAUGAAGAGCACAGCAUUCAUGAUGUUGCUGCUUUGUUAAAGGAAUUUCUGCGUGACAUGCCUGACCCGCUUCUCACCAGAGAACUUUAUACACCUUUCAUCAACACUCUCUUAUUAGAGCCAGAUGAACAGCUAAGCACCUUACAGCUUCUCAUUUAUCUUCUACCUCCCUGUAACUGCGAUACCCUACACCGGCUGCUGCAGUUCCUGUCCACAGUGGCUGGCCACGCAGAAGACACCACAGACAAAGAUGGCCAAGAGAUUACUGGGAACAAAAUGACAUCACUUAACCUGGCUACCAUCUUUGGGCCUAACUUGUUGCACAAGCAGAAAUCCACAGACAAAGAAUUCUCAGUUCAGAGCUCAGCUCGAGCUGAAGAGAGUACUGCUAUUAUAGCUGUCGUACAAAAGAUGAUUGAAAACUAUGAAGCCCUUUUCAUGGUUUCCCCUGACCUACAGAAUGAAGUGCUUAUUAGCUUAUUAGAGACUGACCCAGAUGUUGUGGACUAUUUGUUGAGGAGGAAAGCUUCCCAGUCAUCGAGCCCUGAGAUGCUGCGGUCAGAAGGUUCCUACUCCACAGGAGGAAGACAUUCUUCCACAGACUCCAACAAAGCUUCAAGCGGAGAUGUCUCUCCUUACGACAACAACUCCCCGGUACUGUCUGAGCGCUCGCUGAUGGCAAGGCAAGAAGAAGUUGCCCGCAGCCCAGAUAAGCUGUACAAGGUACCUGAACAGUACACGCUGGUUGGACACUUGCAGCCUAAGACAAAGGAGAAUUCUUCUGCAUCACAGGCUGGAAAAGAUGUUUCCGAAGAUCAUUUUGAUAUCUGGGGCACCUGGCAUUCCACGCUGAAAAGUGGCUGCAAAGAUCCAGCAAUGACAGGUUCUUACGGGAACAUUUAUGAAAGCAGCUUGCUGCGACCCGGACCGUGCUCCCUUUCCCAGGGGAACCUCGCCAUGUAUUCUCCUCGGUGGCAGGGCAGCUCCUCCGACUUGGACAAUGGCAGGCAGGUCAUGCGAAGGAGCCAGACGACUGCUGCCAUUUCUGAGUGUCAGCUCCAUCCCACAGUGUCUCGGGUGUGCAGUAACCCACAAGUCGAAGUCGGCAGUAGGAGUUCAGACCUGUCACACUCGAAGUCGGAGCGGCAUUUGACUUUAAGCAGUGUGGAGGACCUCAGUGAGCACGACUCGAAUGUGGGUUGUUCACAAAGCACAGCCAAGCCCCCCUCCAGAAAAGAGAGGCCACCACCCCCCUACCCAGGCCCAGCAAAAACAAGCUCUGCCUUGUCACAGCGAUCGAGCGUUUCUUCAACGUUGCACUCUCUGUGGAGACUUCAACGCCAAGAAAAAAGUUCAGGGACCAGAGCAGCUGGAGGACCGCCAGCCAAAGCCCCUGACCAGGCCACCUCCAGGCAGGAGCGGCCGGCCCCGCGCAGCCAAGCGGGUCACAUCUAUUCCACAGCACCUCACAGUCAGAACAGUAAAAAUGUUUCAGAGGCAGACUGGCAUGAUUGGCAAAGGGAGCGGUGGCAAAUUUGGGAGCUUUUAUCAGCUGAUAACCCCGAUGCCCUCCCGGAAACCCUUGUAUGA